GCUAAGUGUCAAUCAAAAAAGGAUGGGGUGUCACAAUGCGUAUCUAAUGCUUGGAAGAGUAAUCUAAACACAAGAUUAAUGGGGAGAUUCGUUGUAGCUGUUUCAGCGGUAGGAGACAUACUGAAAUUUGGAAUUCGAGGCUGCUUUGAGUUUAUCUCUUUUGAAGAUUUCACCACUGAUCGAGAUGCGCUUCUUGCUUUCAAAAAUGCCAUCACUGUCGACACAAAUGCCGUCUUGAGCAACAGCUGGCUCACCAACACAUCAAUCUGUGACUGGAACGGCGUCUCGUGUGGUAUCAAACACCACAGGGUCACAGCUCUCAAUCUCUCCAACUUCGCCCUCCACGGAAAGCUCACUCCACAUCUGGGAAACCUGACGUUUCUCCAGUCCUUGGACGUCAGCUCCAACAACUUCACAGGCGUCUUACCUAUUGAGCUGUCUAAACUACGGCGUUUGAAGCAAGUAUAUGCGGCAUUUAACAACUUCAGGGGAGAAAUACCGAGAGGUAUCCUUGCAAACAUGUCUUUACUGGAAGAAAUUGUUCUCGGGUUUAACAAGCUAUCAGGCGUGCUCCCAAGUGAUAUAUGCAAUAACACUCCGAAACUGAAGAGAUUAUUUCUCGAUGCGAAUCAAAUAUAUGGAAAUAUUCCAAGGAGUAUAUGUAAGUGUAGUGAGAUGCAGGAGCUGGGCUUGUCCAUGAAUAUGUUCAGUGGAAACAUACCAACCGAAGUUGGAAAUCUUACUAUGCUUACAGUUUUAUCUCUAUAUGAUAACCAUCUCCAAGGAAAUAUUCCGUCUUCUAUCUUCAACCUUUCGCGGUUGGAAUCCUUAUUGCUCGGUCAAAAUAAAUUAUCUGGACAUGUACCAACAAAUUUGGACAAGUUACGCAACCUUCUAGUGUUGUAUCUUAGCAGCAACAAUUUAACUGGGAGUAUUUUGUCUUCUAUCUUCAACGUUUCCUCGUUGGAAUCCAUAUACCUCAAUGACAAUUCUAUAUCUGGAAGUAUACCCACAAAUUUGGACAAUUUACUCAACCUCCAAGUGUUGAAUCUUAGCAGCAACCACUUAACAGGAAAUAUUCCGUUUUCUAUCUUCAACAUUUCCUCGUUGGAAUACAUAAACCUCGAUGGCAAUAAACUAUGUGGAAGCAUACCCACAAAUUUGGUCAAUUUACUCAAUCUCCGAUGGUUGUAUCUUAGCAACAACAGCUUAACAGGUCACAUACCAAGACAAAUCGGAAACCUCUCUUCACUACUAGGUCUGGAUCUUGGUUUAAAUCUGUUGGCGGGUGCCAUACCGAAGGAGAUUGGAAAUCUUACAUCCUUGAUUUAUUUGUAUCUUUAUGGUAAUCACUUGACAGGAAAUAUUCCGUCUUCUAUCUUCAACGUUGCCUCAUUGGAAUUCAUACAGCUCUUUCGCAAUAAUCUAUCUGGAAGCAUACCAACAGAUUUGGACAAUUUACAAAACCUCCAAAUACUGAAUCUUGCCAUGAAUAACUUAACAGGUGUCAUACCGAAGGAGAUUGGACAUCUUACAUCAUUAACUCAUCUGUUUUUAAGUUCUAAUAGAUUGACAGGAAAUAUUCCUUCUUCUAUCUUCAACGCUUCCUCGUUGGAAUCCAUAUACCUCGAUGGCAAUUCUAUAUCUGGAAGUAUACCCACAAAUUUGGACAGUUUACUCAACCUCCAAGAAUUGUCACUCAGCCGCAACAACUUAACAGGAUCCAUACCAAAGCAAGUUGGCAGCCUCACUUCGCUAAUAGAUCUACAAUUGGGUUUCAAUAAGUUUACAGGUUCCAUACCCGACCAAGUUGGUAACCUCACUUCGCUAAGAAGACUGGAUUUGGCAAUCAAUAAGUUGGAAGGUUUGUGUUAAAAUGACAACACCUCUUAAAGUGACACUGUGACACCACGUAUCCAACAAUAUUAUAAACGCUACACAUCAACAGUAUAAACGCUAGACAACAAUCUAUAGAUUGUUAUCUAGCGUAUUGGAUAUUGUUGGCCAAGAAAAAUUAUUGUCUAGUGUAUUGAAUAUUGCUGACCGAGAAAAAUUUACCUUUUAGCAUUUUUUAUGAUUGUUACAUGACAGCUGAUUAUUCGUGUACGUGUACAAAUGAUUGGCUAGAAAUGGUGGUAUGGUGUUACUUUAAGAGGUGUUGUCAUUUUAACGCACCUCUUUGUACA